AUGCGUCCUGGACACGCCGCGGGCAACGCGAACGAGGGCAGCCCCACCAAGCACGGCGCCGCUGACCCACUUACAUCGACAUCCCUGCCUGGUUCACACCCUCCUCCCGGCCGAACUACAUACUUCUUGACUCGCGAGAUAGACACUUCGCAGGCUCGGCCUGAGCAAAUCGAGGGCGUCCGGUCGUCUCCAGGCAUUGUACCAUCACUCCAGGACUUCCUAGACGAGUCAGCCGAGCCGUCCUCGAAGCGGCCCCGGACGUUGGACACUCGACGUAGAUCUACUAUCAAGCCUGUAUACCAUGAGCCUGCGCGGCGGCCGUCAAAUGCCGAGAUAUCAGCACAAUCGCCUGAGGAAAUAGAGCGAUCUGUGACGCCGUCACCUCUACCUUCCCAACCAUCAUUACCCAAUAGUCCUAAGUCGAUAUCCUCUCGCUCGAUACAGAAGUCCGAUGACGAGCACAUUAGCGAUGGUGCCUCCAGCCAGGCUAUUGCGUCGAGCGAAGAAGGCGAUGAGGAUGAAGAGUCAGAGCCAUCUGCACAGGUACAAGACAGUCAGCCAGAGCUGAUCAUGCCCAGUAUCAAGAUGCCAAGUCGGAGACCGUUCACUGCGAGGGGACAGCGGCUGGGGCGUUUCAAGAUACUCGUUGCUGGUCGCAAAGGCACGGGCAAGACGUCCCUUAUCAAGUCGAUAGUCCAGCUAUGCGAGGACAUUGUACAUGUGGACCCACUCUUAACGACUCAGAGUGGUGAGACGCCACGGAUCAUGGAGACUCACGCCAGCACACGCCCAUACCCAGCCUGGUGGUCUGAUCUAGACGAGAGCAGGAUCCUCAAGCGCCGGAAAAGCAUGGGCGACUCAGUCCUCGAACGCAACCUCUGUUUCGUCGACACCGCUAGUUCGAAACGGCUCGAUCACAUUGUAUAUUAUGCUGAGCAGCAGCUCAUGAAAGCGAUUGAUGCCACUACCACAGGGAGACAUGACUUUACCUCCAUGCUUAGUGGUCAGGGUGGGUCGCAGGUCGAUGUUAUACUGUAUCUUAUUUCUAAAGACUAUGCAAGCGAAGACCACGACCGAAUAAAGAGACUAUCAGAACUUUGUAACGUGGUUGCCCUGAUUGCACGAUCCGACCUGCUCUCUUCCGAGGAACGUCAAACUCUCAAAUCAGACCUCUCAAACGACAUCUCUGCUCUCCCUCGACUCCCACCAUUCAGCAUCCCCGAUCACGACUCGAACGCCGCAACAGCGACAGCUCCCUAUGCCAUCGCCUCCAUCAACGGUCCCGACCUAGACACAAUGGAUGCCUCCCUCCUCAUGUCGCCAGAAUACGUCCAACCGCUGCUCCCCUCCGAACUCAGCAUCCUCGUCGACAACCUGUUCUCCCCAGACACAGUCGCCUACCUCCGCCACACCUCCGCCAAGAAACUCCUGGCCUGGCACGCCAACAACCCCAAGCUCACCAAAACCCCUUCCGCUUCCACCGCCGCCUCCCUCCGCAACUCAACCCUCGCCUCCCCACAACUAACCUCAAUGAGCAACUCCGGCCUCCUCCCCCAAGGCUCGGAGCUGUCUCUGAACACAUCCAACAGCUACGCUCUCGCUAAAGUAGCCGACCAUUCCCAACGAGAAGAGCGGCUUGCACAGAUCAGGCUGUCCAAAUGGGCGAGCGAGCUUCAACUGUCCCUCCAGCGCGAGCGCGAGCGGUACGAGCGGCUAGCCCGGCAUGAACGGGCGCUGUGGCUGUUGCAGAGGAUGGGCGAGGAAUACCAAGAUGGCAUAUCGUUGCAUCAUCAUCAUCUGAGUCAUCGCAAGCUAUGGUCCGGAGAGGAGACGCGGAGAAGUCGCCUGUAA